AUGCGUCCCGCUGCCAAUAGUACUGUCUAUGAUACAUUCUACGAUCCCGAUUUGGUGAUGCCACCACUCAAGAAUCCCAUGGCGACGACAGCAAAACAGCCCGGCGUUUAUCCACAACUUACGUCCCGUGUAGCCACUCUGAGCACAUACUCUGGCGAUGCACUUUCUGCCAAUCCGCGGCGAAGUUACUCUACCGACAGAAGCAUGCAGUCGGCAGAGAACCUCAUUGCCUCUCUUUACGGGAAGAACAGAGCAGUACCCGAGCCGCGGAAGUUGAAUGACAAUACUUUUGUUGACACACUCCCGAUUAAUAAGCCCACAAUUUCGACCUCUAACACGAACUCAGUGUAUGAUAAGCUUAUUAAAGAUCCGGCAAAGCGGCAAACUAAGGCUUUGGCAAAGAUCGAUAAAGAGUCUCUGAUGGAUGAGAUACAGACACUUCGCAAGCAAAAGAACGCGCUUGAGGAGCUCACGCGUAAGCAGCAGACAAGAAUUUCCCGCCUCGAGGAGCUUUUGAAGUCUAGAGACAAGGAGUUGCAGAAUUUGACGCGAAUGAUAGCCACCGGCAUUCCAGAUCCAACCAAAGUGACGGAUAUGAUGGCACUCAAGCAGAAGGAGACCGCUCCGACAAUGGACUACGUAAAGGGGCUAAAGCAUAAGAUGAAGGAAUAUUACGUUAGAAACCAAGAACUGCUCAGCUUUAUCGACAGACUGAAGGACAGUAUGAACUUUCAACGCAUGAGGCAGCUAGAGAAAAACCUCCUAAUCUAUUACGAUAAAUAUAACCAGCUGCGAGUGAAAAAUGGUUCCCUUAAUCAACACUGCAUCGAGCUUGAAGAGGAGCUUGGAGUGGUUCAUGACAAGAUGCUUCAAAGCUUACGAGCGAGCAAGAAGUACCAAGGAAUGAGGCUAUCUGGAGAUGCUCAGGAUGCUCGGGAUGACAUUAUUGCUAGCGUAAGCUCAAGCAAAGACGGAAAGUACACUGGUCCGAGUGCACAUGCUUCUCUCAUUAGUGGUUCGAAGCAGCGUGAACCAGCUGCAGAGCCAGAUGGCAAGUUUGUCUCUGAUAUAUUUGAUGUUUCCAAUGUCAUGCCGAAUGCCAGUGAAUCAGGGAAGGCCAUCCAGGAUCAACUGAACAAACACUCCAUGGCGCUUCAGACCUCGAUGAUUGCAAAUCAGAAGAAGCCUGCCGAACGGGGCCACAGCAAGACGAAGAAUGCGAACGAGAAAAACGACCCUAUAGCAGAGCUUGCUGCACGGUUCUAUGAGAGCAGGCUGGAGCGUGAACGUAAGCGCUUGGAGUGCUCCUUUAUUCCUGAUGUCCCUGCUCCCCUUGAACAGGUGGAAUAUAAGCUUAUUGAGGAUGAGUUUGAAGAGUUUCUGAAGAACUAUCGAAUUGAUAAGACUAGCGACCUUCUUGAAACACAAGGGAAUCAGCAAUCCGCGCCGAACCUAGGGAAGCCUACAGGAAACCAGGGAGGAGCUAUGGUUCUUAGUAGGGAUGCUGGUGCUAAGCAGGCCCAAACAAAGCCCGAAAAGCUUGCGCGCCGCUUGGUUACGGAGAUAAAGCGCUCAGAAGUGGCCUCUGCAGUUUCGGCACAGGCUUCUAACUCACACGAGUCUACAAGUAAGACGUCUCCUAAUGCUAUGAAGCGGGAAGAAAACCCUUACUUUGUGCAGAGACGGCCAUCUAAGGAUACCUGUAGCGAGAAGCCAACCUCGGUAUCUGGCAAUAGGCCAUAUGAAGACACCGACAACGGCUCGACUAUAUGCGAUUGGAACUCGUUUGUCGAACCAGAAAUGGUUAGCCGCGUUGGUGUGACAAUGACAGAAGUAACAUCUGCUGGUGGUCCACGACCGCGGCCAAAGACUCCCUUAAGUGACACAUCUGGGCUAGGAGGUGAUUCAAAACCAUCCAAAAAUCCUAAUAGCUUUUAUCCCAAUCUGCCGUCACAAAGUGACAAGUCGGCACCUGCUCAAUCAGUGCCAGAGGAGGAUUCUGGUGUCAAGAAUAAGAAACCAGCUGAACAGCUGUCUAAUUCCGAUACUGACUUGCGUAAUGAAAACGAUCAGAAAAGCACAGAUAGAACUGAGGAAGAACCAGCCCAAGAGCAACAGAAGACUAUCUCAUUUGAUCCUCUCUUUGAUCGCUCCCCCGAUGAAGCUAAAACGAUUAGCGAUGCCGUUCCCCCUCCUGAGAUAGCGUCUCUUAAGUCAAGUCCUCACGCAACAGAUCAGACGCAGGAUCCUAUUAUUGUGCAAAGUGUGACGCCAAGAGAGCUCAUUGACGAAGCACCAGCUGAUGUGCCAUCUCAGGCUUCAGUGCAAGAUGAGGCCCAGUAUCCUGAGGAUGACGAGACGUUCUUGGCCAGUACAGCCAAGCACGUCAUAAUCCAUGAAGAGAACGACGGUGUUAUUAACGAUUCUGUGAAUAUAACGACGAUGGAUAGCAAGCCAACAGAUACAAAGACUGAGGAUAUAAGCCUUGGAAAUGCCACGUUUGACAGUGGGGUAGAAGAAAACUCGAUUCUCACUAGGUUCCCUCUUACUAAUGUGGCUCACGCCAAGCAGGACAACUGCUCUUUGCUUUCACAAUCACAUAUUGACAAGGAUGAGCAAAACUCUAACUUGCCGGACUUGUCCGGGAAUCAGACACACGAGUCAAAGACUACGAUUAAGGAUUACUCUUCUCUAGUUUUAGAUUCGCAUAUGUUCGACGAUCCCAAGGCCGUGCAGGAGCCUUCUGGAGAGGGCACAAAAGACUAUUCUUCCCUUCAAUUGUAUAGUGGGAUGUUCGAUGGCGGAAACCAGAAGAGCGUUACCGGACCAGACAGUGUCCGCGAUUACUCCUCUCUACAACUUCACAGUGCCAUGUUUGACGAGCCCCCUGCAUCAAAGUCACACCCGCUCCAAAACAGUGGUGAUUAUUCAUCUCUCCAACUAUAUAGUGGAAUGUUCGACGCGCCAGACGAGGAGCCGGAGAAGCCGGUUCCACCCCCGCCACUCAAGGAACCUCACUAUCCAGCCAAUCCAAAGAUCAGGAUCAUCGAAAGCUCCGGUACAGAAUCUACUGCGUUUACAAUAGAGGGAACAGAACCAUCCGCUUUUAAGGCCUACUCCCAAAGUACAACGGCUAUGGAACCUUCAGCGCCGCGACAGGCCAAUCCCUUCCAGAAGCUUCAGUUAGAAGAUCAGGAAAUCGCAUUUAGCCACAAUAAUCCUAUUGCUGAAGAGUCCAGUAGUAUGAAUAGCAGCGCAUCCCACCCAAAUCCACGUGAUGGAGGGGAAGACUAG